AUGAAGAUGAGAGCUAAGCGAGACAUUUUAGCAGAACAACAUCAAUUGGAACGUCAGCAGCAAGCACAGAACAACGUACUGACUACAGCAGAGUUACAGCGAAUGAAGCCAGUAUUAUUGCAGCAAUUGUAUGAAAGAGACAUGCAACCAACUACCGCUGCUCCUGCUUACAGUAAUCCAUUUGAUGAUACCCCACAGUAUACCCCUCGCCCUGAUGAUCAUGUCUUGGUUGAUAUCCAUGACGAAAGAGAAAGAGACGCAACAAUUAUACAUACAGAGCAACAAUACAACAAUGCCAGUAAUAACUCGAGAAGAUAA